UCCGGGUAACUUGUGGAGGGGAGGUUCGGAUACUUCCCUCCCAGGCCGUGGAGUUCCUCCAAUAUGGGGCCGCUUGCCCCAGAAGCAGAUACGCCGGGUCCCCUUUUGGGGGUUGCCGCUACGCGAACGCUUCAGGCUUCGGGGAGCCCUGAUCUCAGCACGAGCCCGACUGAAGACGAGCGGCGACGAUUCGCAAUCAAAGGUGGGCUUUUUCUUGCUUCCGUCGCUACUUCAGGAAUGCUAGCAGGUUUUGGUGUAACACUUGCUGUGACGAAAAAAAAAAGUCCCAAUUGGUUCAAUAAGGGUGUAAUUGCCACGGCAACUUUGCCAGAAAGUGGCUCUUCCCUUGCUUUACGGGCCCUUGGAUGGGGUUCACUCUAUGCCUGGAGUGGAGUUGCAUUGAUCAGCUUUGCUAUCUGGAAGGCUUUGGGUGUUCACAAUAUGAAUGAAUUUCGGAACAAAAUGCAGUCAUUAUUUCCAUCAGUUCGAAAAACUGCAGUAAAUUCUGAUGAAUGGGAGGAUAUUUGGAAAUCUAAGUGAAUGUCAUAUGGAGAAAUUUGUACUAAGCCUUACAGAACUACAGAGGAAUUAAAAUAUUCCUAUUCAAAAUGGCAUGCAGUUAGUAUUAUCAACACAUGCUCCCUUAAUUUUCCAGGCAAAAGUAAAUUUUGCUCUUAGUAGUUUUCACUUUAGUGGUGAUAAGUGCAGAAAAAGAUUAAAAGGAGCACGAACCUUGGUUUGAAAAAGCAUGCUCAAUAUGUGGUUAUAAAACAAAGACAUUAACCCUAAGGAAGAGAUGACUUGUUGACCAAGUUAAUGGGCAAGAGUAUCCAUAUGCUGGUCCUUCCACCACAGUGAUUCAUAGUGGUUUUUAAAAGAUGGUAUAAGCCACUAAAACAGACCGAACAAUACUUGUGGAAAAUUAUACAAAUAAAGUGAUGGUCAUUAAAUCUUA